CAAGCCACAGACCUCCCACAGCGAGAUACACCUGCUAGGUGCGCUCGGGACGCCCAGGAAACUCCUCCCUGCCGUCCUGCCCAAGUCUUUCGCGAAGUCGAAAAAGGGAGCAAAAUCUCUUUUAACCUCUCAACCCAGAAGUACGCGUCUCUGAUUCCUUUGAGUCAACCUCAAUCCGCAACGCGGCGCCUUUAUUAAGCAAACAAAGCAAGGGUUAGUAAAAUCCUCAGCAGGUGCAACAAUUCGGGACGCGACGCUGGACUCCGCGGGCCUUCGGCGCACACCUGCCGGGCACAUCUCCCGCGUCCGGGAGCAGCAAAGCCAGGCAGCGCAAAGCUAGGCAGGCAAGGGCGCAACAAAAACUUUCAGAAGCGAGCUCCGCCGGGAAGCCAAGAAGCUGCGGACCCACCUGGGGGCGGGCGUGGCGGUCCGGGGCGGCGCCGCCUCUCUCCUCCUCCGCCCUCGGCGGGUAGGGUCCUAGACGAGGACCCAGGGGCGGGGCAACCUUUGCUCGGUCCUGGGGCCGACCCGGAGCCCGAGCUCGCCGUGCGCCUGGUGGCCUCGCCGUUUCCUGCGCGACCUCGCGCCCCUCCCACCCUGGCCGAUCGCACCUGGGCCCGCGGUUUCGGUCAGACCCGCCCGCGAGCUGGUUUCGAUUAGGGCCAGCGGGAGGGCGGAGCGGCUGGGACGCCGGGAGAGGAGCAGGUGCGGCGUGGAGACGGUCCCGCUCCCCUAGAGCCGGAGCCGCCUGGAGCCAGCAGCGCGUCGGAGCCCCGAGCGCGUCGGCGGCGAACCCAGGCGCCCAGGAUGCGGACGCCGGUGGUGAUGACGCUGGGCAUGGUGCUGGCGCCCUGCGCGCUGCUGCUCAACCUGACCAGCACGCUGGCACCCGGCUGGCGGCUGGUGAAGGGCUUCCUGGACCAGCCGGUGGACGUGGUGCAGUUCCAGGGCCUGUGGGACUUGUGCCGCGAGCAGAGCAGCCGCGAGCGCGAGUGCGGCCAGCCCGACGAGUGGGGCUACUUCGCCGCCCAGCCGGUGCUCGUGGCCCGGGGUCUCAUGGUCACGUCGCUGGCCACCACGGCCCUGGGGCUGCUGCUGGCCACGCUGGGCGUGCGGUGCUGGCGGGACGAGCCCCACUUCGCGCUGGCCGGCCUCUCGGGCAUCGUAUUCUUCGCCGCCGGCCUCUUCAGCCUCAUCCCGGUCUCCUGGUACAACCACUUCUUGGCGGACCGCACCGUCCUGCCCGCCCCGGCCAGCCCGGUCACGGUGCAGGUCAGCUACAGCCUGGUGCUGGGAUACCUGGGCAGCUGCCUGCUGCUGCUGGGGGGCUUCUCGCUGGCGCUCAGCUUGGCGCCCUGGUGCGAGGAACGCUGCCAGGGCUGCCGCAAGGCGCCUCCCGCCGGCCCGCGCCGCAGUAGCAUCAGCACCGUCUACGUGGACUGGCCAGAGCCCGCACUCACGCCCGCCAUCAAGUACUACAGCGAAGGCCAGCACCGGCCGCCGCCGGCCGCUCAGCAGCAGCACGGCGCGGCGGCCAAGCCCAGGGUCGGCUUCCCCAUGCCGAAGCCGCGGCUGCAGACCUGCUACACCAACCCGGUGGACGUGCUGGACGGCGAGAGCCACAAGGCAGCCGACUCCCAGGGCGCCUCGUCGCGCAGCACCCGGCCCUGCCACAGCUCGCUGCCCUGUGACUCCGACCUGUAGUCGCCGGCUCUGCCCGGGCCCUGGUCUCCACUGGCCCCUGAGGGUCGCCGAGGCCUCGCAGGCGCCGGCCAGCCCUGAACUUGCGAGCUACGGUGCCCGCCGGCGGCAGGAACCCCGAGACCUUCCCGUAAAUGGGGGCAGGGGCGAGGGGUUCCCUUCCUGUGGCCCAACUGGACUCUGGAGGCCCAGUGCAGCUCGGGUUGGGUGGUUUUGUUUCUGUAGUUUGGAGUUUUCUUCUCCAGAGGGGUCCGAUCUUUUUAUGGAGUGACAGGGCUUUAUUUUAAUUUAUUUUAUUUUAUUUUGCGGAAGGAGCUAUGGAAUGGGUGACAUUGCAUCGUGUUGACCAGGCACGAUACCAACACGAAGUUGAAACUAGCGGGUGGAGGCUCAAAAACGAGAUAACGUCUUGAAACAACAAUAUUCUCAGCACCGAUGAAUCUUGCGUCAUAUCAUGAAUUGCAGUUUUUUUCCUGCUGAGUAAUUUUCAGGAGUCAGCCUAUUUCUCGCUGUGUUUGAAGGAAGCUCUCAAAAUAAACGUGGAAGCAUGCAAAUACUGGCAUGAUUAAUGGCCUUUACAGAGCGAAAUAACCUGUUAAACAGAAAGCUCCGUUCCUUAGGGCGUAAAAUAGGACGUAUCUUUUGUAUCACUUCUUUUUGAUGUGAACCUUGAGGUGACUCAAGAGUUUGGGCUCCAGGAGCCGGAGGGGUGCCUUGGUCAUAGACAACAGCCACUGUGAUUUACUCAAAGCAGAACCUAUUCAUUACGUUCGCUUAAAGGACAUCUGGGUGUAUCUUUUAUUUAUAAAUAAAUUUUCAAGCAGCCUUUUCAAAAUA